CAUAAUUGAAAAAUGAGUGAUUUCUUUAUAUAAAAUAGAGGUGAAAUUUCUCAGCAAAACUAAAGUGGAUUAGGUAGUUUCAAUGAUAAGUAAUGUAGUUGAUAAUUAUACCUAUUAGUUUGGGUGCGAGUUUCGGCAGAUUGCAAUAAGACAAUCAAAGUUUUGGUCCCAAUGGAGGUGGGAGUUUCGCAUAGAAUUCGGGAUUUAUAGUGUAACCUGAAUAAUAUCGCUCUUCUGUUGGGUUAGAGGAUGUGGUUGCUCCAAUUCAAAUCUACGAAUAUUAAGAACCUUAAACAUAAAAAGGAGUAUUUUUUAGGAGCAGUGGUGAUUUUGAGAUGCAAUUCGAAGAGAUUGGUAUUGAGAGAUUGAACAUUCAGCCAAUAAUUUAGGAGGACUCAAAAGAACAUAAGGCACCCUCUCUAGAUAGUGGAAUGAAAAGUAGCUAAUAAUCCUCUCAUGAAUUCGAAAUGAAAAUAGGUAUAUAGACAUUGCAAUUGUGAUUAGAAUCUGGUGAAUAGAUAAGUUCAAAAUUUAAACCUGAAGUCAAACAACUAAUAAACUCAAACAUUAUUUAAGAGAAUAAGAAUUUGUUUAAUGUGAAUCAAGCCAAAAGCAUAUAUACAAACAAGAUUACUUAGUUAGUUGAAUAGACCUAAUAGAAACUAGAUUUAACCACUAAAUCAUCGCCAAGAUUAUCGUAAAUACAAAUUCUAUUCUUAUAGGAAGAGUCAACAAAAACUAUAAAGAAAGUCACCCAUUAUUUCAAGAGAUCAUUUCGAUGGCUCUUCCAAUGAAUUAUAAUCUAGUCAAUUGACUCCUGAUGGUAAUAUGGAUCCCGUUUAAUAAAAGUUGGCCAAAAAUAGGGAAUCUGCAAGAAAUUCAAGAGCAAGAAAGAAAAUUUAUUAUGAAUUAUUGGAAACCAAAGUGAAGGAGCUUUAGGAUGAGUUGGACAAAGUCAAAGAAUCCAAUAGAACUCAAACAAAAUAUACUGAAAUAUGUAACAAAUUUUAAGAGAAAGUAUUGAAUUAAGAUCCAUCUAGUUUUAAACUUUUUUGGAUCAACAACAAUAAUUAUUCGAUAAAUUGGAGACUUGCUUACUUAAAAAUAAAGAUAACUUUGAAAUAGCAAUGGUACUAGAUGCCUUGAGAUAUAGAACGAACUCAAAUAGUCAAGAAAGAAAUGAUGCAGCAAGACAAUACUUUGAUUCCAUGGUUGAAGUAUGCUUACCAAUAUAAACGAAAUAUCUUAUUUAUGCAUUAGAAAAGGAUAAGGACUUCUUUGCACAACAACCUGAGUACUAAAGAUCUUAUAUUAGUGAUUAUACUGACUGGAUGAAGGAUGUAUUUAAGAAGACUGAGAUUAAACCAGAAUAGAUUGUUAAAGUUAAGAAAAUGAAAUCUAAAUUGCAAAGUGUCAGAAAUACAAUAUCAGAGUAAAAUUACUUUUCUAUACAUUCUAGUUCUAUCUAGAACAUCAAAGUUCAACUAAAAAUAAUAUAGAGUGAAGCCAACAAGGUGGAUUAAAUGUGGGAGUAACUGAAAGAAUGCUUAACUCCUGUUUAAUUGGCCACAUGUCUUUUGGCUAUGAAAUAAGUAAUCACAAAUUAUCACAAUUAUUAGAAUGCUUUUCGUUAAGAUCUACAGACAUCAUCGUUAUUUGUAUAGUUAAAGAAUUCUUAGAUGGUAUAUUCAUCAUUUAUGAAACUAGUCAGAAGAUGAUGACAGCUUGAUUAGAACAGAUUAGUCAUCCAUUCCCAACAAUAGGAAACUUGUCAAAAAAUCUAUGUAAGAAUGA